CAUGAAUCACGAGUGCGACUUAUAAUUUUCGUUAAGCAAAGGACACCAAUCGGUUUGCGUCAAUUGAUAAGAAAUUUUAUGGUUUUUGGAGGGUGCAUAUUUUCUUGAUUAUCAAAAUUAGUUAACUACUAUCAUGCCUCCCGUGAUCAGGGUUAUUGCAAAUUAGACUUGAGACUGACAGGUGCUAAAUACACAAAUUAAAUAGUAAAGUUUCUGGCAUGAUGGUUUCUCGAAAAAGUUUUAUGCGAAUAUAUUUCUUACUCGGAAUCAUUUUUGGUCCUUGCCAACCUGCCGAUAUGACAGGUAUGACAUAUCUAGGCCAUUAUGAUGGACCACUGUUUACCAAAGGAGAAGAUUAUAGGCACUACUACGUCAGUGCGAAUGGGGCGUCCUGGACCAAUGCAAAUGACGAUUGUCAAAAUUUAUUUGGAACGGAUUCCGGCCUUGUAUCGAUUGAUUCGGAGGAUGAGAAAAUUUACCUGGAUCGCUUGCUGGAAAAUUAUGGAUUUGGUGCUACCUACUGGACGAAUGGACUGUACGAUUCAAGCUCGAGGGUUUGGAGGUGGGCGGAUAAUAAUGAACCCGUGGGGACAUGGGCCCCUUGGGAGAAUGGCUAUCCACCGUCUGAACCCAAUGCAUUGCUUAGAAUUGGUAUUUCUUAUAAGAAUCGCUUCGACGCGGCUUGGGUCGCACGUUGGAAUACGGAUCUGCAAAGGUACAUUUGUGAGGUGCGGCAGACAAGUACAACUCCAAUCACGACUGAUUUAACGACUAUAACAAGCGAACCAACUACAGAAGAGACUACAACAAUCGAGUCAACUACCGAAGAGCCCACAACAAUCGAGCCAACUACCGAAGAGCCCACAACAAUCGAGCCAACUACCGAAGAGCCCACAACAAUCGAGCCAACUACCGAAGAGCCCACAACAAUCGAGCCAACUACCGAAGAGCCCACAACAAACGAGCCAACUACCGAAGAACCCACAACAAUCGAACCAACUACCGAGAAGCCCACAACAAUCGAGCCAACUACCGAAGAGCCCACAACAAUCGAGCAAACUACCGAGGAGCCAACAACAAACGAACCAAGUACUGAACAGACCAUGACAAACAAACCAACUACUGAUUAUACAUCAAUUCCACCAACAGGUACCGGUGGAACUGGUGGAACUGGUGGAACUGGAGGACCAGGUCCAACUAUUCCAACCACCACGGAGCGCACAACUACCACACCAGAACCCAUUACAGACAUAUCGACAUCUUGUGGGUAUGUCUUUAAUGGCACAACCGGACGAAUUGACUACACACCAGAAGUACGAGAGCCUAUCGAUUCUGUUGAAGUGUGCACCUGGAUGAUCAAAUCACCCUCUUUGACUGACUUUACUCUAACCAACUUCGAAUAUCAACCUGGACGAUUUUGGCGACCACAUUUAAAUUCAUUCGAGUACGGCUCUUCUGGUAUAAGUAGUAGAGGCGUGCUUGUUAAAAGGGCUGGCAGCUUCGCAUUAAGGGGACAUGUAGUCAUCAUUACGCUUCAAAGGGCUGUGACAGAAAUCGCUCCAUUUAAAUUUGAAUUUGUGGCACGUCGCACAGGAAGGACGAUUAUUUCCCCAAAUAGUAUACAGUCUAUAGUAAACGUUGACGUUCCAAGAACUCAAUUCAGAUAUCCAUUGUCUAGUGACACACCUUACGAUAAUAUGGAAUUUACUGUGCUAGUUUUCCCCCCACCUAACGCAAUAUACCUUCAAAAUAAUGUAAAUAAUCGAGUACGAAUAGAUACGUCUGGAUUGGACGAAGGUUGUAACGAUUUCGUCACAACGGCAGCCUUGGUGAAGGAUUAUCUGAACAAUAAUCACUUACACACUACUGGUGACAGAUUGUGCGGAAAUACCUACACUCUCGCAUGGUACCAAAUGUACGUCGUAAUCUUUUAUUCGGACAGUUCGACAGUCGCAAGUGGUAUCACGAUAGAUUCUGAUUGGGAAUAUUCGAACUGAAACAUUUCAAACAUAUUAAUACAUUAAAUGCGGUUAAUGCAAUUAAAUGCCCUUAUAGGUCGUAUAUUACGCAAUAUUAAAACUAAUCGUCGGUUAUAAUAUGUAAGAGACGUACACACAUUGUAAAAUAAUAAUAAAACUAUAAUUAUUAAACCUA